GAAAAUGCCUAAAAGACAGUGUUUGCCUUGAUUUGUCUCUGUUACUGUUGUGUAUGUUUGUGGACUGUUGAAGAUUGUACAGAAGAUGAGAGGGUAGUCGUCAUGAAUGUACAAAAAAUGAUGUCAAUAACUGCGAAAGAUUCUGAAGUAAGGGAAAACGAUGGUAGAGGUACAAUUAAAGUUAUAGAUCGACCCACAUUUAUACUGAAAACCAGAGAAGGUGAGAGCAGAGCUGUUUCACCAAGUCAGCGCAACGGUGCUAACAAGAAAGAGACUGAUUGUUCAUCGUCGAAUGUUUCAUCAAAAAUUCCAGACCCUGCUCGUACGAUACUGCCAACAUGCUUAGAAAUGACAAACAGUGGCAAGUUUAUGGACGAAAAUAUGCAACUUUGCGAAAACUCCCUCGAAUUCUUAUACGAUCAACAAGACUUUUUGGUAGUAGGAUGUCUAGGAGCUCAAGGUGUUGGAAAAUCCACUAUAAUGUCACUUUUGACAUCUACUUACGCGUCUAAUGUAUUUCCAAUACAAGAUAUAUCCCAUCAUGAAAGUGGUGCAAAUUGCACAUCUGGUAUUGAUUUUUUUGUGACAAAAAAUCGUGUAAUAUAUUUGGACACUCAACCUAUACUUUCUGACUCAACAAUAGAUUAUUCGAUUAGUUAUGAUCAGAAGAAACCCACAACUGAUUUUGCAAGCAUCGAAACAAAUUUGGAAUUGCAAUCCUUGCAAUUUGCUGCCUUCUUGUUUUCUGUGUGUCACGUUAUUAUUUUUGUGCAAGACUGGUUUGUAGAUCCAAAUUUAGUUAGGUUCUUGCAAACCGCAGAAAUGUUAAAACCAUCUUCCACCACUAAUAUGGAUCAAGACUAUGUGGAAUACUACCCGCACAUUAUAUUCCUACACAAUAAAGCCGAACUACAAGAUUUUACUCCAAACAUUGUGGAGAAAAUUAAGGACUUUUACAGCAAAGUGUUUGCCACCUCUAGGUUACAGAUUCAUAGCGGUUUAGACACGAGUAAUCAAUCGACGGAUACUGGAUUAAAUUUAUUUUUUAUACCAAAAAUUACAAACGAAGAAACUGCGAUGCGUCAAAAUGAAAAGAAGCUAAUCGAGCGACUAAAAACAAAAAUACACGGUGUCAACAGGAAUCCAAUGACGCCGAGUACUUUAACCGAAAAAAAUUGGCAAGUAUUGCAAUGUAAUUAUUUCUCUUCUAGUGUAAUAUAUGAUGGUAAAAUUAGUUUAAUCAGUGUUGUAAUUGAAUCAUUUAGGUACCACUAUGUUUCAAAGGUAAUGGAAGCGAUUAAAAAGAGUCAUCUAUCUUCAGAGUAUGGAAGAUUAAUGCCUUAAGAUUGUAUUGUUUUUUGGCUGAAAUAUUACACAAUACUGAGUCAGAGUGUCUUUCUGGAGAGAAGAGUCUGUACGUAUCGUCGGGCAACGUAUACUCUCCUGCUUCACGAACAGCUGAACUUAAUGUCAACCGAGCGCAAAAUCGCAUGGUUGUCGCGAAGCGGUGUACAGUCGUGAGAAGUUUAGCUUCGUGUGUGAAGCGUUAUUUGCCUUACGCACUAUAAGAUAGUACCUGUACUAUCACAAUUAUCUACAAUGGAUUAUAAGAAAAACUACUGGUUUGCAAACAGACCAUAAA